AUGACUUGGAGCAACUUCCAUGUUGGGAGGGACUGCGGUCAUACCAAGUGGUCUCGAAACGUUACACCUAAAUUGUCUGUCUCAUCUGGCCAGACCGUCACCUUUGAUGCGAUCGAUAGUAGCAACGGCCAACUGACACCAAACUCGGAUGCUUCCGCUAUCACUACCUUGGAUCUCGGCCUCGCCAACCCUGUCUUCGGCCCAAUUUUCGUGCAAGAUGCCCAGCCCGGCGACGUUCUUAAGAUUGAAGUCCUUGACCUGGAAGUCGCUGACUGGGGUUGGUCCGCUAUCAUUCCCGGCUUCGGUCUCCUAGCCGAUGAAUACACAGAGCCCGAAAUCAAGAUCUGGUCACUCGACCGCGAGAAGGGCUACGCACAGUUCAAGAAUAUGCGAAUUCCUCUUCGACCUUUCCUCGGAUGUAUGGGGCUGGCCCCCGGUAAUGACGACGAGCUCUCAACCGUUCCACCAACAAACCAUGGCGGCAACAUGGACUGCCGCGAACUCAGUGUUGGUUCUACUGUAUACCUGCCCGUUCAGACAGCUGGUGCCUAUUUCAGCUGUGGUGAUGGACACGCCGCACAGGGUCUCGGUGAGGUCUGUGGCACCGCCAUCGAAACUCCCAUUCGAGCCACCCUUCGUUUCGAGGUUUGCAAGAACCAGCCUUGGGUGACUGCACCCCAAUACCAGACCCCGCCCCGGUCUCAAAUACCUAAUCAGUUGCCGGAUCUGGGAACCUACGGUGCUCUUGGAGUAUCGUCGGACUUGUUCCAGGCUGCGAAAAGCGCCACGCAGAACCUUAUCCAGUGGCUGGUCUCCACCAAGGGUCUUACACGGAGCGAAGCCUAUAUCCUGGCAAGUGUUGCCGGCGACUUGCAAAUUGUCGAAAUUGUCAACGUGCCUAACUACGAGGUAUCGAUGAGUGUUCAACUGGGUAUUUUCAGUUAA